AUGAAUGACUAUUUGAGAGAUAUAGUAUCGCAGCAUCCAUUGUAUCUCACAAUGUGUAAAUGUGUCGAAGAUGAAAUGGAGAUGUACGAUUAUCAUGAUUUUUUCCCACAUUGGAGGGAGAUAAUAGUGAAUUACCAGAUUCUAAUCCAAGAAUUGUUCAAGCUAGAGAGAUGGGAAGUAGCAGAUUUUACUACAGAUGUACAAUUUCAAUAUCAAAGUUUUGUAUAUGAGUUGAGGAAAGGCUAUCCACAACAAGUGAAGAGACUUUUCAGGUUGAUUUUGUCGCUUCCUAUGUGUGAAUACGAAAUAAAACCUAACGGUAAUUAUACUAGCAGUGGUAGCAAAGGAAGCUCUAACAAUUACAACAAACAAUUUCCCCAUUUUAGGUGCGAUGACAGCUAUUUAACGAAGAUAGAAGAUGAUGAAGCAGGUUACACGAUCAGAGAGAUCAUUAAUCAAAUUGAAAAUAAACAAAUGGAAAAAGCUUUAACUAAUUUUGCUUUCAAUGAAUACGAAACAAUUUCUCCUAGUGGAUCACCAGAAGCUCCUUAUAAACUAGCAUUUCUUAUUUAUUUGAUAAAGCCAAUAUGCUCAAUGUUGAAAAUGACCUUAGGUAUUGUGACAAAAGUUGAGACUGAAAGACCAACAAUAUGGCACCGUCCGUUAGAUAUUAUGGUUAACUUCACACUUCGAACGGACAUAGUUAUUAGUAAAGGGACCCUAGUGUACUGUGUUACAGAGGUUAAGAAGUAUCCUCUUUUGGCUAACUAUAAUGGCGAACCAUUAGACGGAAUAAGAAGCCUUUUUUCUCACAAAAACGGAAUAAUGAAACAGUUGAUAUGCGAGAUGCUAUACUUUAGGACCAACAAGGGUAUUAUCACAGACUCUUAUAUCGUUGUGUUUGUUGAACUAGACCUUGAUUCUUUCGAACGGAAUGUCCUCAAUCUGAGACCAGUGAAAACGUUCAAGGAGGAGAAAAUAGUUCCAAUAAAGUAUCUGAUUCGAGAUUGCCAUUCAGCUAAACCUACGUUGCGAGAAUCACUAUUGGCAUACAUAUAUAAGUCAAUAGAGGCAGAUUCUGAGAUGGAAAUCAAACGAGACAGGGUUCGCAAAUUAGAAGAACAUCUAAAGCUAUCUGGAGAAGCAUUGACAGUUGCUAUUUUGAGUGAGGAUAGUUUGGACCUGUCGGAGGGCUCACGAAGUCGCCCCAGCACAAGAAGUACGAACAUGUCCGUGCUAGAAUCUGUUAACGAAAUAAACGAAGAUGAAGAAGUAGAAGUUGGCGAAAUAUCUAUCGAUGUGCCUAGGGAUAGCAGCAACUACGUGCUAAUGCAAAAUUCAGAUGAAUUUAAUUCACAAUUAGUUAAGCUAGAAGCUUCUUAUUUCAAGAAAUUUAUGUUAGAACAGAUCGACGAUAACGAGACUCUAGUUGCAAAGGUGUAUGAUCCGCGCAUGGCUAACCUAUAUGAAUUUAGAGGUUAUACUUUUGAAGAAAAGAAAGGCAUAUGCUAUGAAUGGUACCGCACCGAACGGACUUGUUAUACUAUCCUAUUCAGAGAUCCAGAAUUCAAAAGUUGUUAUGUACCUCAAAAAAUGGGACAAAUCAUGGUCACCAUGGACAAGCUGUACGUUGCGAAAGGGUACUGCAACAUAUUUCGAUACAUCGAAAAAGUGCCAUUACCGAAGGACCAGGAGACAUACGAGAAGGCCAAGAAGCAAUUGGAGGUAAUUCACCGGAACGGAAUCGUACACAGGGAUAUCAAAGAGGAUAAUAUUCUCUGUACGAAAGAAGGUCAAGUAUACAUCAUUGAUUUUGCACUAGCUAAGCCCAGUGUUAAUACUUAUGAUAGUGGACUGGAGCAGCUAGACCUUUGUGCUUUAGAGCUUGUGUUUAAAUGA